UCUGUCCUUGUGCUCCAAAUUAAUACACAUUAUUAACUUGUGCACAAAUCAAACCCAAAAAUAGCUCCUUUCUAAAAAUAGCUCCGAAAUAUCUGAAACCGGAACCGAGAUUCAGGCCAAUCCGCAUGAUUUCCCUUGGCCCGCAUCCCACGACGUUCGUCACCUAUAAAACAGUUUCCUAACCAACACGACUCCACACUCCAAAUCUAUAUAUACACACACACACACGCACACACGCACACGCACACGUUGUUUGAUAAUUCCCAACAAACAGAUGGAUUCCAUGUUCCACGUCUCUGAUUUCAUCUACAUCGAGCACAAUAGAAUUUUUGAAGAUUUAAACGGCCGCGACCUCACCGGACAUCCAUUUCUCGUCCUGCAUUUCUUCUACAACAUCGAUGGCGAGAGAGUCGACGGCAUCACAAACGAAGGUUGGCGCAGAUUUGCAGAACUGGAAGAUAAUUUAUCCAUCCGAAAUUUCAUCCAGAGGAACGAACCCCUUCCGAUGGAUAUAAUGGUUGAUCCCGAAGAUUUGGAGAGGGAGAGGGAUAUGAUCGUGGACGCCGUGGCUUCGCUGAUGCAGGAGUACGGUGGGGUUGAUGGGAUGAAGGCCCUAAAAGUGGAUGUCUCGGUGGAGGUGAAUCGGCUGGGGGAAGAGGGUGUUUUUAUGGAUAUGGAUUAUUUGUGGAAUCUGCGGGAGAGGAGGAUGAAGAUGUGUUUGAUGGAGGAGAAGAAAAAGGUUUUGGGGGAUGAAGAAUGUGCGAUAUGCUUGAAUGAGAUGAUGGGGGUGGAGGAUGGGCCGGUUCGCACGCCCUGUUCUCAUCGGUUUCAUGUUUCGUGUAUUGGCAGG